CUAGGGGAAGAAGACAGAUUUUCAGACGGUGGGGACUUAGAACUACGCUGGGAAAUGGGCGUGGUUCAGAGCCAGGGGGUGGGUGGAGCUUCAGUGUGAGACCGGAGCUGGAGGUGUGGCUUAACUGGAUGCCCAGAGCGUGUAGGCGGUGCCCUGAGAAGAGGCGGGCACACAAAGCGCAGGCGCACCUGGCACAGCUCUCCCACCGGAAGCGGCCGAGCUUUCACCGUUCGCGUUUCCGAGUCAGUGCGCAAGCGCACUUCCCCCUUCCUGCUCCCCGCCACCGCCUUCUCUUUCCGAUCCUCCACGCCGGCGCCUCGGGAACGGGCGCGACUUCCGCUUCCGGUCGAGCGGCGCGGGGCUGCGGGGAGGGGGAAGGGGGCGGCACUUCCGGUCGGGCCCUCGGGUCUCCCCGGAGCGGCGGCGCCUCCUCCGCCUCCUCGGCCUCCUCCCGGCGGAGACCCCGGCGCCGGUCAGCCUCCAGAUGCCAUCAGCGUUGCCCCUCCCCGUGUCGGGCAUCUGCUCGUGGACCCUCUUCUUCAGUGUCCUCUACAGAAUUCUCCCCAGAGUGUUGCCUUAGCGAUUUGCAGCAGAACUGCCCCCGUUAUCUCUGUUCAUACACAGCAACAGCCCCCAAUGAUCCUGGCCACCUCCCGCUCCAGCCGAACGCCUUUUCGUGGGUGUGAAAAUACUUUCUAUUCUGGUCAGCACAAGAAUGCCUUUUUCCCUUCUGUAGAUCCCCCAGUGAUUCCCCUUAAGAAUACACCCCCCUUUGAAAGACACCUCCCCUCGCGGCGGGACAGCUCCCUCUAGAGUUCUUUCAUACCCACAUCCUCUUCCCAUUCAGGUAGAAAUAUCUGCCUGCUUAGCUCUCGGCUCCCGUGAAAUACUCCUGUACCUCCUCUCACCCCACCCUCGUCAUGGUCAGCCCCUGUCUUCAUUACUUCUGCCACAGAAGUGUCCCGCAGUGAGGCCGCGAGGCCUUUCCUCCCAGGGUGUUACUCACCCUCUUCCCAUGGCAUGAACGAGGCUUGCCCUGACCUGCAACUUCUUACCCAGCUCUCUGCCCUCGUCCUGGACUCUCUAGGGAAGACCCUUGACUUAACUAGGGUGUGACUUAUUUCGUCUUGGGCGUGCAUUCUUCAUUGAAUGAACAUUGGCCAUUCUAGCUCAAGGGCAUGAAGGGGAGAGGUGCCCAGCCUUCUCAUUGUGCAGGGUUUUAGUCUAGUCGGUCAGAAACAAAUCAACAAAGAUAUGUGGGGUUUUGUGGGUUCUCUCAGAGGCGGAUGAACUACUUUAGAGGUGAAACCUGAAUUACAAGAGGCAGUUAAGCCAUCCAGAGAUCUGGGUGAACAGGCAGCAGGAGCAGCAAGUGAGAAGGGCCUUAUGUGGCUGUGAUCACGGGGAGUGGGGGAGCAGCGGGGGAGGCUGGCAAUUUGAAGGGAAGAACAAGAGGAAGGAAGGUUUGGUCUCAAAAGGCUUUGGAGGUGAGGGCACUGGGAUACAUUAUCUAGCCUUUUUCAGCUUUACCAAGCCCAGAAUGUUCUUCUUUCAUUUAUAUGUUCACUCAUAAACACUUGUUGAACACCUGUUUAAUGAGCACCUACUUUACAUUGGGGGUGCAACAGAGAACAGAAUACACAAGAAUCCCUGUCCUCAUAGGGUGGAUAUGCUAGUUGAGGGGACAGAUGAUUAAAACACAAAACACAGGCCAGGCGAAGUGGCUCAUGCCUGUAAUCCCACCAGUUGGGAAGGCCAGUGUGGGAGGAGCGGUGGAGGCCAGGAGUUGAAGACCAACCCCUGGCAACAUAGACCCUGUCUUUACAGAAAUAAUAAUAAUUAAAAAGCUAGGUGUGGGUGGUAUGCACCUGUAGUCUCAGCUGUUCAGGGGGCUGCGGUGGGAGGACUGCUUGUGCCCAGGAGUUCGAGGCUGCAGUGAAAAGAAAAUAAAAACCAAGAGCAUAUUUGUGUGUUAAAAGUAAAAUAUCAGGGGGUAAAGAGAUGGAGACGGGGAGCAGGGGCAUCAGGGUGGCCUCUCCCAGGAUAUUCCUAUGUCUUGUCAUCUUGUCCUUCCCAAAACCCACACACCAAAAAGUUGUACAAGGGUAUCAAUUCCCCUUCUCCGGGACAACUGUGGCCCACUGGGAGGCUGCUCUUAAAAGCUCCCCAGCCCCAGGAGUCAAGUGAUUAGGAGGAUGAGCCCUGGGUUCCAACAGGAUUCACGGCUUUGAGCACACCACUCCCUCCUUUCCUAGUCUCAUUCGUUCACUUCUUCAAACAAAAAUGUGUCAAGCCAGAAACAGUUGUUAAGUCCCGGGGACAGAACAGUGAACAAGAGAGAAAAAUCCUUGCCUUUGUGAAGCCGAUCUGGUUGGGGAGGGCAGCAAAAUCAAGGCAGAGAAGUCAACUACAUAAUGUCGUGAAUGAGGAUGAGCAGGAAGGAGAGAAAUGAAUAGGGUAGGGGAGAUCCAGAUGUGGGCCUGGGUGACAGGUAACUGGUUACUGAGAGGCUCAUUGAGAAGACAGCUGAGCAAUGAUGGGAAGGAGGUGAAAGGGUGAGCGAGGUGGAUGCCUGAGAGUCAGUAUUACAGGCAGAAGCAACAGCCAGUGCAAAGGCCCUGGGGCAGUAAUGGAGUGGGUAUAUUGGAAUAGCAGCCAGGAGACUGUGGGGACUGUGUAGGUCAUUGUAAAGACUGUGGCUUUUGAGCAAGAUGGGAUUGCUGUUUGAUUUUAGACAGAGGAUAGACAUGGUUUGGCUAUAGUCCUCCUGUCGGUAAAAUGGGAAUAAUAUUAAUACUUACAAGUUCGUUGUGAAGUUUGAAUGAAACAAGCCACAUUAGGUACCUAAGCACAAUGUUUGUUAGAGUUCAGCAAACUUGUCCUGGUCUUGGGUCAAGCCAAGAGACUUGGGAAUAGGUGGCAGGAAGGUGGGUGGAGCAAUGCAUGUAUCCAGUAUGAAGUGGGAUGGGCUCCUCCUUCAUUUUGGAGGGAGAAAUAUUGAAAGGCAGCAUGAGAUGGACUCUGGAGCCUUGCUGCCUUUCUUCAACCACUGGUUCUGCCACGAGUUCACAGUGUGGCUUGGGAAGUUUGUUUAUUGAUUCAUUGAUUGACUGAGACAGUCUUGCAGUGGGGCUAGAGUGCAGUGGUGCUAUCUCAGCUCGCUGCAACCUCUGCCUUCCAGGUUCAAACUAUUCUCCCGCGUCGGCCUCCUGAGUAGCUGGGAUUACAGGCGCACACCACCACACCAGCUAAUUUUUUGUAUUUUUAGUAGAGAUGGGGUUUCACUCUGUUGGCCAGACUGGUCUUGAACUCCUGACCUCAUGAUCUGCUCACCUCACCCUCCGAAAGUGCUGGGAUUAUAGGUGUGAGCCCGGCCCUUAUUUAUUUUUGAGAGAUGGAAUCUCACUCUGUUGCUCAGCCUGGAGUGCAUGGAGUGAGCCCACUGCAACCUCUGCCUCCUGGGUUCAAUCGGUUAUCCUGCCUCAGCUUCCCAAGUAGCUGGAACACCAGGCCCAAGUGAUUUUUGUAUUUUUAGUGGAGAUGGGGUUUCACUAUAUGUUGGCCAGGCUGGUCUCCAACUUCCGACAUCAGGUGAUCCACCCGCCUCAGCCUCCGGAGGUGCUGGGAUUACAGGCCUGAGCCACUGCACCCGGCCUGACUUUGGAAGUUUAAUUUAUGUCUCUGGCUGUCAGUCUCUUCCUUCGUAUUUCAGAGUCAGUAAUUGUAACCAUCUCCUAUGGUUAGUGGGAGGACUGGUUGAGUAAACACAGGUAAGAGCCAGAAGAGUACUGGGCAGUAGAAAGCACUCAGCCAGUGUCAUAUGUCGCUUUAUGUUUGUCUCUUAUUAACAAACUAGAAGUUUGUCACAAGGCAGCUUUGUUGCAGCAGAACGGCCCAUCGUGCUUCUCUCCACAUAAAACCCUCCUAUGACAUCCCCACUUAAAGACACCAGUUUAGGCCUGGUGGUUCAGGCCUGUAAUUCCAACACUUAGCACUUUGGGAGGGCGAGGUGGGUGGAUCACAAGGUCAGGAGUUCAAGACCAUCCAGGCAAAUGUGGUGAAACCCCGUCUCUACUAAAAAUACAAAAUUAGCUGGGCAUAAUGACAUAUGCCUGUAAUCCCAGCUGCUAAGGACCUGAGGCAGGAGAAUCGUUCAAAUCCCAGAGGCAGAAGUUGCAGUGAGCCUGGGUGACAGAGAAGACUCCAUUUCAAAAAAAAACAAAAAACACCAGUUUAGGCUUGAGUCGUAUGAAAGAGGAAACGUCUCUGGUUUCCUAGUGGAAAUUAUGAGCCUGACCGAUCCUGUCCACCGCUGAUGUAUCCCUCCAACAUACACACCCUGCCCUCAGUGACCUUCCCUGUAACAUCAUUUCCCAGGAACUCCUGGGGUCACUGAGCUCCAUUUAUGCUAAAUGUCCCCCUCCGUUCCUCUGGGAGUUUGGUCAGCUUAGUCUAAUCCUUUCAUUCCACGAAUAUCAAGAUAGACAUUCCCAGCUAUGCAUUUCCCUCUGAGCACUGCUUUGGCUGUACCUCCUCAGCUUUGGCAUAUUGUGUUUUCAUUUUCAUUAAUUACUAAGCAUUUUCUCUUUUUUUGAGACAGGGUUUUGCUCUUGUCACCCAGGCUGGAGUGCAGUGGCACAGGCUCAGCUCACUCCAACCUCUGCCUCCCAAGUUCAAGCGAUUCUCCUGCCUCAGCUUCCCAAGUAGCUGGGAUCACAGACAUGUGCCACCACGCCUGGCUAAUUUUUGUAUUUUUAUUAGAGAUGGGGUUUCGCCAUGUUGGCCAGGCUGGUCUUGAACUCCUAACCUCAGGUGAUCCUCCUGCCUCAGCCUGCCAAAGUGCUGGGAUUACAGGCGUGACCCACUGUGCCCAGCCAGCAUUUUCUAAUGUAUGAUUUCUUUGUGGACCCACUGGCGAUUUAGGAAAGCGGUGUUUCAUUUUCACAUAUCAGUAAAUAUUUGUCAAGCACCCACACUGUGCCACGUGCUACGCUAAGUGCUGGGGUCACAGAGGCGAGCUAGACAGGCCAAGUCCUUGCUUUCCUAGAGAGAGGCCAAACAGUAAACACACAGAAAAGGAGUAUCAAUAAGUUGCUAGUAAUAACUAUGAUGAAUAACCUACAGCUGAUGAGGGGCUACAGGUGAUGGGGUGGGGAGUGCUGAAUAGAGACCCAGGGAGGCUCCUGUGGGAGCCUUGUUGAAAUCUGGGGAAGAACAUUCCAAGCAGAGGAGAGUGUAACCACCACCAUCUCCUACCAGGCCCCUUGUAUAGACACCCCUCAUAGCCCAGAGGACACCUCUCAAUAAAGCUCUUAUCCUGAUAGUUCCACCCUCACCGUCCUUCACUCUGGGAACAACCCCAGGUGAAACACCGCCGUGGGGGCAGGGGUGGGAAUGGGGUUCAUGCCCAUUGAUCCAGACUCUUACCCUGUGACUACUGGCAACUCACUUUGCCUCUCCGUGCCUUCAUUUUCUAAUUUAUCCAGUGGUGGUAACAGCUGCUCCUAUUUUUUAGCUUCCAGGCUGUGGCACCCUAGGGUUGCUGUGGUGCCUGGGGGCUGCUCAGCUGCUCCUAUUUCUUAGAGUUGUGGGGAGUCAGUGAAUUAAUACGUGUAAUGUUCUUAGAACAGUGGCUGGCCUCUAGGAAAUGCCCAGUGGUAGCUGUGAUUGAUGGUGCUCUGAUGGAGGCAAGCUAGGUCCGUGGCUUCUUUCCCCAAACACUCUUCCCUUCCUCCCCAUAGCACCCUAAGUCACCCCCUGCUCCCUGCAUCCUUACAGCCUGCACUUUCCUCCGUGUCCAGUUAGCCCCCUCCAGAGCUGUCUCCCCAACUUAGGUUCCACCUACAGCCUUCCAAUUACCACCCUAGCCACGCCUGUCCUUUUUCCGGAGAUCGGAUUAGACAGAGGGAGUGUGAAGGGCAUGGGAUGUUGAGUCUUGUCCAAAGAUAAGGACAGCCAGAGCUGGAGACUAAAAAUAUCUCACUCCAGGAUGGCGUUUGGAGUGGAAGAGACACUCACCCCUCACCUGUGGGAGGAGAGAGCAGCCCGAUGGAUAGAGGAUAAAGGGCCCAGGCCUGGGGUCUCGCGUCUCCUAAUUGCCGGAGAUGGAGGCGAACCCAGUGGGCAGCGGCGCCGGGGGAGGCGGGAGCAGCGGCCUUGGGGGUGAGGACGGGGUGCACUUCCAGAGCUACCCCUUCGACUUCCUGGAAUUCCUCAACCACCAGCGCUUCGAGCCCAUGGAACUGUAUGGGGAACAUGCCAAGGCGGUGGCGGCCCUGCCCUGCGCCCCCGGCCCCCCACCGCAGCCCCCGCCGCAGCCCCCACCCCCGCAGUAUGACUACCCGCCCCAGUCCACCUUCAAGCCCAAGGCGGAGGUGCCCUCCUCGUCCUCCUCCUCCUCUUCCUCCUCUUCGUCUUCCUCGUCAUCCUCGUCUUCGUCCUCUUCCUCUUCUCAAGCCAAGAAGCCCGAUCCGCCCCUGCCGCCCGCCUUCGGGGCGCCCCCUCCUCCCCUCUUUGACGCUGCUUUCCCCACCCCCCAGUGGGGCAUCGUGGACCUCUCGGGACACCAGCACUUGUUCGGGAACCUGAAGCGAGGAGGGCCCGCGUCAGGGCCGGGGGUGACGCCCGGGCUGGGCCCUCCUGCGGGGGCCCCAGGGCCACUUCCCACCCCCUCACAGACCCCACCGGGACCCCCCGCGGUAGCGGCCUGCGACCCCACCAAGGACGACAAGGGCUACUUCCGGAGGCUGAAGUACCUGAUGGAGCGGCGCUUCCCCUGCGGCGUGUGCCAGAAGUCCUUCAAGCAGUCCUCGCACCUGGUCCAGCACAUGCUGGUGCACUCGGGAGAGCGGCCUUACGAGUGCGGGGUCUGCGGCCGCACCUACAACCACGUGUCCAGCCUCAUCCGCCACCGCCGCUGCCACAAGGACGUGCCCCCGGCCGCGGGGGGCCCGCCCCAGCCCGGCCCCCAGCUUCCGCAGCUGGGCCUCCCGGCGCCCGCUGCCAGCACUGCGGCUGCCGCUGCUGCCCCCUCCACCGUGUCCUCGGGUCCUCCCGCCACGCCCACGGCUCCCGCCCCCUCCGCAGACGGGAGCGCUGCCCCAGCUGGUGUUGGGGUGGCCCCUCCCACCACCGGGGGUGGCGACGGCCCGUUCGCCUGCCCGCUCUGCUGGAAGGUUUUCAAGAAGCCCAGUCACCUGCACCAGCACCAGAUCAUCCACACAGGCGAGAAGCCCUUCUCCUGCUCCGUGUGCAGCAAGAGCUUCAACCGCAGGGAGAGCCUGAAGCGCCACGUGAAGACGCACUCCGCGGACCUGCUGCGCCUGCCCUGCGGCAUCUGCGGCAAAGCCUUCCGCGACGCCUCCUACCUCCUCAAGCACCAGGCGGCCCACGCGGGCGCGGGGGGACCUCGGCCCGUGUACCCCUGCGACCUGUGUGGCAAGUCCUACUCGGCGCCGCAGAGCCUGCUCCGCCACAAGGCCGCCCACGCCCCGCCCGCUGCCGCCACCGCCACCGAGGCACCCAAGGACGGGGCUGCCUCCGCUCCGCAGCCCCCGCCCACCUUCCCCCCGGGCCCGUACCUCCUGCCCCCCGACCCUCCCGCCACCGACAGUGAGAAGGCGGCCGCGGCAGCUGCAGCGGUAGUGUACGGCGCCGUGCCGGUCCCCCUCCUAGGUGCCCAUCCGCUGCUGCUCGGUGGCGCGGGGACCAGUGGGGCAGGAGGCUCAGGUGCCAGUGUCCCGGGAAAGACGUUCUGCUGCGGCAUCUGCGGGCGCGGCUUCGGGCGCCGCGAGACCCUGAAGCGCCACGAGCGCAUCCACACGGGCGAGAAGCCCCACCAGUGCCCCGUGUGCGGGAAGCGCUUCCGUGAAUCGUUCCACUUGAGCAAGCACCACGUGGUGCACACGCGCGAGCGGCCAUACAAGUGCGAGCUGUGCGGCAAGGUCUUCGGCUACCCUCAGAGCCUCACCCGCCACCGCCAGGUGCACCGGCUCCAGCUGCCCUGCGCCCUGGCCGGGGCCGCGGGCCUCCCCUCCACCCAGGGCGCUCCGGGGGCCUGUGGGCCGGGGGCCUCGGGCGCGUCCGCAGGGCCUGCCGAUGGGCUGAGCUACGCCUGCUCGGACUGCGGGGAGCACUUCCCGGAUCUCUUUCACGUCAUGAGCCACAAGGAGGCCCACAUGGCAGAGAAGCCAUACGGCUGCGACGCCUGCGGCAAGACCUUCGGCUUCAUCGAGAACCUCAUGUGGCACAAGCUGGUCCACCAGGCCGCCCCCGAGCGCCUGCUCCCGCCCACACCCGGCGGCACGCAGCCCCCAGACGGCUCCAGCGGCACGGAUGCGGCCAGCGUGCUGGACAACGGGCUGGCAGGGGAGGUGGGGGCAGCUGUGGCGGCGCUAGCUGGGGUAUCCGGAGGCGAGGACGCAGGCGGGGCGGCAGUGGCGGGGGCCGGCGGGGGUGCCAGUUCAGGCCCGGAGCGCUUCAGCUGUGCCACGUGCGGCCAGAGUUUCAAGCACUUCCUGGGUCUGGUGACUCACAAGUACGUGCACCUGGUGCGACGGACCCUGGGCUGCGGCCUCUGCGGCCAGAGCUUCGCGGGCGCCUACGACCUACUCCUGCACCGCCGCAGCCAUCGGCAGAAGCGGGGCUUCCGCUGCCCGGUGUGCGGGAAGCGCUUCUGGGAGGCGGCCCUGCUGAUGCGCCACCAGCGCUGCCACACGGAACAGCGGCCGUACCGGUGCGGCGUGUGCGGCCGCGGCUUUCUGCGCUCCUGGUACCUGCGGCAGCACCGCGUGGUGCACACUGGCGAGCGGGCCUUCAAGUGUGGCGUGUGCGCCAAGCGCUUCGCGCAGUCUUCCAGCCUGGCGGAGCACCGGCGGCUGCACGCUGUGGCCCGGCCCCAGCGCUGCAGUGCCUGCGGCAAGACCUUCCGCUACCGCUCCAACCUUCUGGAGCACCAGCGGCUGCACCUGGGCGAGCGCGCCUACCGCUGCGAGCACUGCGGCAAGGGCUUCUUCUAUCUGAGCUCGGUGCUGCGCCACCAGCGCGCCCACGAGCCGCCGCGGCCCGAGCUCCGCUGCCCCGCCUGCCUCAAGGCCUUCAAGGAUCCCGGCUACUUCCGUAAGCACCUGGCUGCCCACCAGGGCGGCCGGCCCUUCCGCUGUUCCUCGUGCGGAGAGGGCUUCGCCAACACCUACGGCCUCAAGAAACACCGCCUGGCGCACAAGGCAGAGAACCUCGGGGGUCCUGGAGCAGGAGCGGGCACCUUGGCCGGGAAAGAUGCGUGACCGAGGGCGUCCCAUCCCACGCCCAUCAGAAGCCCCCUUCUGGACUCCCUCCUCCCAGGGCUCAUCAGACUCUUCCCCCCGCCCCCCGCUGUUGCCCGCUCCUUCAGAACUUCCGACGGACUGGCGACCUUCAGGCGCACGCCCGACAGGCUCAAGACUGAAUCACUCCCAUCCUCAACCUCUCCGCCCUCUCCUCAUCCCAUCAGACACUGAACCCGAUCCUCCGUCCAACCCUCUCUUGUGACCCUCAUCAGCCCCCACCCCAGCAGCGCUCUGCCCCAGUAAACUUUGGCGGAGAUGGGUCUGAACAGCCCCUCCCCGUCCUUUGAAAUCUGGCUGGACAGUGGAGUAUGAGCAGAGUUGGGAGGGCACAAGGGGGUGCUGGGUGCUCUUUGGGGUGGGCGGGUGGGAGGCGGGAUGGCUGACGCGGCUUGUACAAAGCGGAGAAUAAUAAACGUUACCAUGAGGGCC